UACAUCGCGAUCUUGCUAAAUACCAAGAUAGGACAGUUUGAGCAUUUGGUUUCUUCAGUCGUGUCAUUUUACCGUAGAACUUCUAAUUCUGCAGCAUGUAGUAUAUACACCUGGAGAGCCCGUCUUUAUCAAUUAGAAGUUAUCAGGAUCAAAGGCGCGGACGCGGAGAACAAGCAACAGCGCAAUUCAAUCCACUAAUUCAAGAUACGCGUACAACCAGCAUCUAAACACAAACACAAUUCGUUCUGGUGAGCUGAGGACGCGUUUGAUCAUAACACCAGAACACAACGGAGAUACAUUCACUUGUACGUGAAAAAAAUUGAAGUCACAUAAUGGAUCAAAAAUUAGAGACCUGAAGUUGCUAUGGAGAUUUACAGGUUAUUGAUGGUAACCAUGGUAACGAUGGCAUUGCGAUGUACCAUGACUGAGUCAAAGUGUGGAAGGAGAUGUCAACGACGAAAGUCCAACUUGAUCGUUGAGAGUCGAAGCGGUGACAAUAAUAGUGAGGCUUCCAGUAGAACUUUACAGAACCGUCCUUUUAUCAGGAAAAAUGAUCGUACAAACAACAAGGCCAUAUUUGAUAAAACAUUGAAAAAUAAAUCGAACAAACGAAGACAUCGCAAAAGACAUAAUAAUGAUAGUGGCAGCUCAGAGCGUCAUCAUUCAAUUGUAUACUCGCUACUCACAGAUAGCCUCAGGGAAAAUAACCAAAAAUCAAGACAUAGGAAACAUACCAGGGAGCCAAAAAAUAAGAGGAAAUCUAGAACCCGACAGGAUUUUGCAAUUAAAACCCCCUUAGAUUGGGAUAUACAAGGUGAUGCACCAUUUAUGAGUAGCUUGGCUGAGGCUCUGUCAACUGUCAGCGAAGGUCUCUAUACACAGACAUAUGACUCUGAACAUAUAAAUCCUGAUAUUCAUAUCACUAUAGAAGUUGUACAUGAUGGUGACCCUGAGACAGGUGAAGACAAUCCUGAUGAGGAUGUCACGAAAAAGACAUCUGAAGACACUUCCACAAGUGAUAUUAUACCUAGUACUAGUUCAACAAAAUCUACUAAAGUUCAGACUAAAACUAGGCAUAGGAGUAAUAAUGCCAAACACAUUCCCUCAAGGAAAAUCAAAGACAAUGCACGUGUUGAUGUGACACAUGAUAAAAUGACCAAAGAAGGAUUUAUCAUUAAUACUACUGAAGACUUCGGGGAUGCAGGCUCAGACCAUAUGUUAAGCAGUGAUUGGUCAGAAUGGUCAGCAUGUAGUGUGACGUGUGGCUCUGGCAAAAAGGAGAGAUAUCGUCUCUGUGGAAGACACUGUAAUGAACAGGAGACUCGCAAAUGUCACCUGCAAAGCUGUCUUGAAAAUGAAAGAACUGAAGUUAAAUUAGAAAAUUCACUUCCGCCAUACACUAUGCCUACAAGUGCAGUUCCACCACCCACCAGUCACACAAGUCUGAAAUCUGGGAGUUUACCUAAUGAUGAACUGGAUUUCUGUGAGAGAUGGAUGAAAUGUGAGAACCCAUUCCUGCGUGAGUACAUUGCCAACCUCAACAAACUCCCUAGCUGCCCAUGUACAUACCCCAUCAACAUUCCGUAUGAGAAUGAGAUAUGGGAUGAGCACAAUCAACGGUUUUUCCAAUGGCGUGAUGCAAGUGGACCAUCUGAGAAAAUUGGGGUUUAUAAGCCUGGGGCAGCUUACUGUAUCAGGUCAUAUCUGGUUCAUGGGUCGAUGAGUCUUGCAGCACAGCACUGUUGUUAUACUGCCCAGAGGGAGCUGAUCACUCGUGGUCGCGCAGCUGGAACUCCCAAUCUGAUCAGCCCAGAGGUAUCACCUGACCUCCAUUAUAAAAUGGAUAUCGAACCGUGGAUACUCUGUAAAGGAGAUUGGACAAGAUACAAUCAAGUUCUCCCACCAAAUAAUUUCAAUCAGUGUUCUCAAUUCCCAGAUGAUACAGAAUUCAUACGCCAGGCUCACAGGGCAAGGGACUAUUGAUACAAAGGUUCGCACUAUUGAUACAGAGGUUCAAACUAUUGAUAGAGAGGUUCGAACUAUUGAUACAGAGGUUCGAACUAUUGGUACCGAGGUUCCAAAUAUUGAUACAGAGGGUCAAACUAUUGAUACAGAGGUU